AUGUUUAUUAGGUGCUAGGUAACUUUUAUGGAAGAUUCUAUAAUCCAAUUAUUGCUAUUUAAUACUAACGAGGCUAGAGAAGCUAAAAACUGUGAAAUAAAGAAAAAAACACUAUUUAAUAUUUUAUAAUAGUCUUUUGUUUACUUAAAUUACUAAUAAAUUAUUUAGGAGUCUUAAUCAAAGAUUUAAUCAACAGAAACUUAAAAUGAACAAAUAAUUAUGAGCAAAAAAAUGAAAUUUUUAUUAUUAUAGUAGCUCAUUAUAGCUUUGAAAGAAAGGCCUAUACCUUAAUAUGUCAAAUACAAUUUAUAUUUAGAGGAUGAUUAUUUGAGUCUUUCUAUUUUUCCAUAGCUGAAAAAAAUAAUAAAUGUUCCUACGAGUAAGAGAAGAAUAUUAGCAAGUUGA